CAAAAACUGGACUGCGGAAGUCUGUAAUUCUUGCUGCAUUGAAUCUGACUCAGCACUGACAUGCUCGCUUCCUUUCUUCGAUCGACAGUACUUUUGGGGCUUUGUGCCACAUUCAAGGCUGAUCCUACAGCCUGUGAGACUGCUUUCUUCAACUUGGUGAGUGAAGAUGCAUGUGGAAAUGAGAACGGACCAGACGCAUCCUCUGCAUGCAGUGCAACUUGCAAGCCACUGGCUUGUUCAGUGGUGAGCUCCUGCACUGAUGGGUCCAGCAUUGCUUAUGCAGAUGAGAAAGGUCCAGCCUCAAUUUCUGCGGAUGAAGUGCGGAGCAUUGUCAAGGAACUUGAGUCUGAACACACCAACUGCCCCUGCAGCGCAGCCAAGCGCUCGAAUCUGACCAAGGCCUUUCAGACCAUGAGAAAGAGCGCCAAGAAGGAUCCAGUGUCCUUGAGGGGCAACGUGGCAGACAGGACUCAAGAACCAGCUGCAACUGCUUGUGAGACUGCUUUCUUCAACUUGGUGAGUGAAGAUGCAUGUGGAAAUGAGAACGGACCAGACGCAUCCUCUGCAUGCAGUGCAACUUGCAAGCCACUGGCUUGUUCAGUGGUGAGCUCCUGCACUGAUGGGUCCAGCAUUGCUUAUGCAGAUGAGAAAGGUCCAGCCUCAAUUUCUGCGGAUGAAGUGCGGAGCAUUGUCAAGGAACUUGAGUCUGAACACACCAACUGCCCCUGCAGCGCAGCCAAGCGCUCGAAUCUGACCAAGGCCUUUCAGACCAUGAGAAAGAGCGCCAAGAAGGAUCCAGUGUCCUUGAGGGGCAACGUGGCAGACAGGACUCAAGAACCAGCUGCAACUGCUUGUGAGACUGCUUUCUUCAACUUGGUGAGUGAAGAUGCAUGUGGAAAUGAGAACGGACCAGACGCAUCCUCUGCAUGCAGUGCAACUUGCAAGCCACUGGCUUGUUCAGUGGUGAGCUCCUGCACUGAUGGGUCCAGCAUUGCCUAUGCAGAUGAGAAAGGUCCGGCCUCAAUUUCUGCCGACGAAGUGAGGGAGUUGGACAUGAUGAUGCUUCGGGAAGACGUAGUGAAGGAGGUGGAUUACCUUGCCAGUCGGAUGCAAAAACCGCCAAAGUGGCCUCGACCGGUGGAGGACGCGGAAACGUACCGGGUACCUAUUCCUGGCGAUCGUGUAUCGCUGCGGCCCAUGCGAAGGCAUCCCGAGCUCACUGGUGCAUCGGCGCAAGUGAUGUCAGGAGUUGAUCCUGAAGGUUUCGUCACGGUGAGGCUCAAAGAAGGGGAAAAAGCCAGCCUGAAGGUGCACAUUGAACGCUUGCGACCCUUGGACCCACCAAGUCACUCGGUUGAUUUCCCAGGGAGGUCCGAGAGAGUCACUUUGGGAUGCGGGGGAUAG